AUGACCAUGCAGUACCCGACCAACCACCCCACCCCCACGGACCCCGCUCACUCCCCGACGCGCUCCAUCCUCGUCUCUCGUGGCUCGCCCGUCCCCCGCGUCCACGCCCCUCCCCCCGUUCCCGCCUCCAACGAGGCCAACGACGGCUACUACGGGAUGCCCGCCCCAGCACUCCCCCGCGCCGGCGCGCGCCCUCCGCGCCCUCGCCCCUCGGGCCCGCCGCAGCCCCCCGCGCUCGAUCCGCUUCGCGCCGCUCCCCGCGGGCCGCCGCGAGGAGCGUGCCCGCGCGACGUCCGACGACGGGUUCUCGACGAUGCGGGCGCACCCCGCCCUGCUCCUGUCUCUCAGCAGGCUCAUCAGUACCCGCCUCAGCCUCAGUACCAAUACCGCCGCCCGGCGCCGGUCCCGCUGCAGCCCCAGCAUCAGGUGCCGGGGCCGCGACGCACGGCGGCGUACCAGAGCCUGCGGAGCCUGUAUGUGGCGGACCUGCAUCGGGAGAAGAUGAUCGCGGAGCAGGACGUGCCGGGAGAGGAGCAGGAUAUCACGGAGUUGAUUGCGAGCCAGCGCGGGUGGUGA